AUGAUGUAUAAAAUACGUUAUGAACAUGUUGUAAUAGUUUUUGGUGCAUGUAUUGAACCAAUUUUUAAUGCAAUUAUUAUGGAAUAUAUGUCAUUAGGUUCAUUAUAUGAUGUUUUACAUAAACAAAACGAUAAUAUAACUUUAACUUGGUUAGAUCGAUAUUCAUUAAGUUGGCAAAUGGCAAAAUCAAUAAAUUACUUACAUAAUCUUAAUCCAUCAUGGAAAACACCAGAAUUAUUAAUAUCACAUCAAGAACAUACGAAAAAAACAGAUAUAUAUAAUCUUGGAAUAACAAUGUGGGAAUUAGCAACUGGAUUAAAACCAUGGAAUGAAUAUGUUGAUGAAACAGUGAUAGAAGUUCUUAUUAAAAUAGAAGAACGAUCAAAAAUUCCAUUAGAUAUACCUGAAGAAUAUAAACAAGCAAUAGAAGAUUCUUGGAAUCAAGAUCCAUCGAAACGACCUAGUUGUUUUAAUUUAAUGGAACAAAUGCUUAAACAAAUGAAAAAUAUGAAACAAAUAGAUGAAUUAACAACAACUGCUAUAGAUUUACAUCAUCAACAAAAGAAAACAAAUCUAUGCUAA